AGCGCUCUGCAGCUGCGGUAUAACACGCGCAGAGCGAGCGCGCUGCACUGGGUUAGCUUUAGCAUUAGCUGAGUGAGUGUUAAAGCGGUAAAUUAAAGUUUAUAAUCUGAUUAAAGAUGACGGUCUGUAACUUCUACCUGCAGGGCAGGUGUAGGUACGGGGAUAAGUGCUGGAACGAGCACCCGCGCGGGGGCGGAGCCGGAGCCGGAGCAGCGGGAGGUUCAGGGUUCGGUAACCGGGUCUGGGUGAACCCUCAGUCUCAACGCUCCGGGGGUAACUACGUCCAGCCCUCCUCCUUCUCCUCCCACGGAGGGGGCAAUGACUGGGGCCGAGGGGGUGGAGCAGGGGGCGGGGCAAGUAACAACUGGAGUCGAGGGGGCGGAGGGAGCAAUGACUGGGGCCGAGGAGGGGGGGGCGGGGCAAGAGAUGCUAAGAACUUCAGCUUCUCCAAUCAGAACAGAUUUUCCACCCUGAACUCACAGAGCAGCUUUGACUCCCGCGGAUCAUCCGUCGCCGACGAUGACAACGACAAAAACCUGGAGAUGAUUCAGAGGGAUAUGGAGGCGUGGCAGAGCUCUGGACAGUGGGCGUUAUCCUGUUACUCCGUUCUCAAAGCCAACAUCUCAGGGUUUGUGGAGCUCUCUCCCGAGGAGUUGAGGAUGGAGUACUACACCAGCAGAGCUUCUGGAGAUCUACAGUCUUACGCGAACUCCGUACAGCAGCUGGCCAAUCAGUGGAGGUCCAGAGUGCAGGAGCUAAGGACCAUGAGCUCCUCCACCCGCACCACCAUGAUAUCAGAGCUGAACAAUCCGGGAUCUUCGGGUGGAGGCUUCUCCUCUCCAUCGUCAGGGUUCGGUUCAUCUUCAUCAUCAUUGUCAUCAUCAGCACCUGGAUUCGGAUCAGGUGGUUUUGGAUCCAGCGCCCCUCAAAACGGUGCAAGUGGAUUUAGCUUUGCUCCAGCCAGCCCCGGGUUUACAAUGCCCAAUUCCGAGUCCAGUUCCACCGGGUUUGGAUCGACAGGUUCCCAGCCCAGUUCCACCGGGUUUGGUGGGUUUGGUUCGCCUGCUCCUUCCUCCACUCCUACAGCUUCUUCCUUCUCCUUCGCUUCUCCGGUGGCGAGCAAGAGUUCUUCUGGAGGUUUCGGAUCCGCCUCCGGGUUCAGCUUCACCUCCUCUACAGCUCCAGCAGGGGGCGGCUUCGGCUCCUCCGCUCCAGCAGGGGGCGGCUUCGGAUCCGCCGCUCCAGCAGGGGGCGGCAGUCUGUUUAGCUCGGCCGGUGCCGGCGGGUUCGGUGGGGGUCCAGCGGCUGGUGCAGCUUCUGGAGAAAACCUGUUCACCCCUCAGAGUGAACUCACCCCGGAUGAGCUGAGGGAGUUCAGCGCUAAGCGAUUCACACUGGGUCAGAUUCCCCUCAGACCGCCGCCCGCGGAGCUGCUAACGGUCUAAACGCCAGACUCACAAUUUUACAAUAAAACACACUUAAACUGAUUACCCUGUUUACUACAUACAUAUUCAUCAGCCCAGACUUUAGCUUUACAGUACAGCUAACGAGGCUAAUGUGGCUAACAAACAACUUAAUCAUUAGACUGUGGAAUUAAUAAACACUGCUAACAUAAUUUAUUCCAUGUUUUAGAUAACCUACAGCCUAAAAUAUAACGCAGUGUACGAAUAUUUAAACAUGCUAAUUAGUGGGGUAUAAGCUUCCAUUACUUUUUGGCUAUGUUAGCCUCACCGCUCCAGUGCUAACUUACUCUUUAGAAGAUUCCAGGACUUGUUAGCUACGUUAGCUUUGAUCAGAACUUGGCUGAUCGAUUACUCUUUGAUUAAUGAGGAGCACACUGAGAGUAUUAGGUUUCUGUAAUUUAACAGAUUGUUAUUUCAUAGUAAUGUAAAGUUUAUUUUAUUUGUAUCAUUUGUAUCUGGCAUUUUGUGGGCGGGGCUAAUGUACAGCUGUAUCAUAAUAAAGUUGUUUUUUUU